UGGGCUGCAAGCUGGUAUUGCAGCUGGCGGCGAGGCGAGGCUCUGGCUGGGAUAUUAAUAACCCCGGGGCUGCAGCUUUCCAUGAGACCCUCCCAGCCAUGGCCAGCGCGGAGGAGCCCCGGGAGGGCGGCCCCUGCGGGGAAGGAGCCGGAGCCGCUGGGCUGGAGAGGGAUUCAGGGGCAGAGGACAAUGCUUCACUCCAAGAGAAGAAAUCUGAAUUCCUGCAAGGGGAAGAGGUCCUGAACCCAGAGAUGACUCUGUCCCUACAGGGGGAUGUCAACUUAGAGGAUAUUUUCUACCUUGGAGCCACAGGUGAUGCUGAUGAUGUGCUCUAUGUAGAAGAGACCUUGAACUCAGAAGAGGAAGCUGAUCCAAGGGAGACACUGUGUGUAAAAGAGACAGUCACCCCAGAGGAGACACUGCAUGUGAGGGAAGAAGUCACCCCAGAGGAGACACUGUGUGUAAAGGAGACAGUCACCCCAGAGGAGACACUAUAUGUAAGAGAGACUGUUACCCCAGAGGAGACACUGUGUGAAAAGGAGACAGUCACCCCAGAGGAGACACUAUAUGUAAGAGAGACUGUUACCCCAGAGGAGACACUGUGUGUAAAGGAGUUAGUUACCCCAGAGGAGACACUGUGUGAAAAGGAGACAGACACCCCAGAGGAGACAUUGCAUCUGAGGGAAGAAGUCACUCCAGAGGAGACACUGUAUGUAAGGGAGACAGUCACCCCAGAGGAGACACUGCAUGAGGUAGAGAGAGUUGAUGCAGAGGAGACAACUGCACCGGGGGAGAAAGCCCAUUGUGAGGAGAACCUUGUUUCCAAGGAGAGCCUCAGGGUUGAGGACAGCCUGAGUCCAGAGGAGCUGGAGCUUCUGGAAUGCCGUUUCCAGCAGUGCAUUGAAGCUGUGGCUCAGUUGGAGGAGGAGCGGGACAGUCUCAUCCAUGAGCUGGUGCUGCUUCGAGAGCCGGUUCUGCAGGAGGUGCAGAAGGUCCACCAGGAUAUUCUGGUUGCCUACAAGCUCCAUGCCCAAGGGGAGCUGGAGUGUGAUGGGCUAAGGGAGGAGAUCCGGGUGGUGAAGCAAAAGCUGUUCAAGGUGACAAAAGAAUGUGUAGCUUGCCAGUACCAGCUGGAGUGCCGGCAGCAGGAAGUCGCCCAGUUUGCCGCCUGCCAGGACGAACUCACCGCUCGUGUUGCCCAGCUGUCUGAGGAACUGACCCAGCUCAAAGACACAUGUGAGAAACAGAAAGGGCAUUUUCGGCAGCAGCUGGAAGCCCCUCGGGGUCAGGGGGAUAGCCAUUUUCUACAGGAGAGCCGGAGGCUCUCUGCUGAGUUUGAGAGUUUCAUGGCAGAAAGCCGCCAGGGCCUAGAAGAGGAGUAUGAACCUCAACUGAUGCGACUUCUCGAGAGGAAGGAUGCUGGGGCAAAGGCACUACAGAAAACACAGGCAGAAAUUCAAGGGAUGAAGGAGACCUUGAGACCACUACAAGCAGAAGCCAGACAACUCCGUUUGCAAAACAGGAACCUAGAAGACCAGAUCUUGCUUGUGAGACAGAAGCGAGAUGAGGACGUGAAACAAUACAGGGAACAGAUGGAAGAAAUGGAAGACAGUCAGAGGCAAUUGAAAAGCAGAGUCCAACUCCAGGAGCAGAAGAACAAAGAGAUGGAGGAGCUUAGGAUCAGCCUCACUGAAGAGCUCUCUAUUUAUAAGGCUAUGCUACCCAAGAAGUCAGAGCAGCUCGAGGCCCCCACUCCUGCGGGAAGUGGAACGGAGACACAGUCUCAAGGAGCUGUUUAGAAAUCUAUGGCCGACUCUGUAAUCCAGAAACAAAAGACAAAACCUCCUAAUGAAGGAGCACUAAAGCCUCACUGGACGUUUUUUCUUUGCGGUGUGAAAGGGAGUAUGAGGAACCUGGUGAAAUGUUCUGUCCCGUGAAGGAGUAAACACUGGUCUGUCAGUUUUACAGACUCGCUGCCCCCCCCCCCCCAGAAGCAGAAUACUGGGCAACCCUCAGCUUAUAGGGUAUAGAGCUUACUGCACUGAAGAAUGGAAGCACCUGCUGCCCCCAGCAGACAAUGUGCACGCUAUGAAAAGGACACGACGACGACCAAUGUAUGCCUUGUGAUGUUCUGGAGCAGAAAUUGUUGCCUUACUUUGACUCAAAGCUCUAAGCCUUUUUAAGGCAGAGCAAAUGUCAACAAGGCAGCCUAUUUUAAUCAAGUGAAGUUUUAAAGUUUGAUUUAUUCAUGCCACAAGUGUCUGACUUUAAAUAGAAGUUUUUCUUAAAGCUAAGCAUUCAUAA